CGGAGCGGGUUGCCUCGGCAGUCCGCAGUUCUGUUCCCGGGCGUCUGUCGCCGCGCGCGGGCCGGCCAUGUUACACGAGGCGCCGCCAUGACCUUCUGGACCCUGUGCGCCCUGGGCCUCUGCCUCGCAGGGGCUCGGGCCGAUGACAACCGCCUGCCGGGGGCCGGCCUGGCCGCCGAGGACCCCACGUGCGAGCGCCUGGAGGAGGACGUAGCGCGCGCAGACCGCCACACCGUGGCCCGCGACCCGCCUCGCCUCGCCGGCACCUGGGUCUCCGAGGGGUGCGAGACGCGGCCCGGGCCGGAGUACGUGCUGCGCAGCUACACCUUCUACAGGAACCACUCGUUCCGCCUGCUGCUGGCGCGCUACCAGGGCGAGUGGUGCGCCUCGCCCCAGCACACGCUGGCGGCGCGCGGCAGACUGCGCCUGCGCGGCAGGUCGUGGCUCGUGCCGGGCGCUCUGGAGGCGGAGUACGAGCUGCGCCGGGUCACCGUGACGGCGCACUCGGAGGCGGCGGCGGCCGACCUGGCGCGCCGCCUCAACGCCACCUGCCCGGGCAGCGCGCGGCGGCGCUGGCGGCCGCACCGCGAGUACCUGGUGCUGGCGGGCGGCGGCGCACGGCCCCCGCACCGCGACAACACCCUGCAAGGUCGGCUGCAGCGGCAGGAGGAAGAGGAGAUUGACUGUCUGUCUGCGCUGAACACAGUCUUCCACGAGCUUCAACUGCUGAGGGUGCACAUCAGGCCGGCGGGACCACCAGACUAUCGCCAUCCUCGGCACGAACUGCUGCUCGGUGACAUGCACUCCAGGCCCGAGAUGGGUGGCCAGUACCGUCCCACAGCGUUCCAGGUGCCACUGCUCAAGGCCGACCAGGCGCAGUGGUGCGCCGUGUGCCAGGCCGUGGCGCGCGCCGGGGAGACGGCACCACCGCACCUCCACGCCAGGCCCAGGCUCCCGGUGCUGCGCAGCUACCUGGCCGGCGACUGGGUGUCCUCGCGCUGCGAGACCCGGCCCCUGGGCACCUUUCUGCGCCGCCGGCUGCGGCUGGGCUCCGGCCCCGCCUGGCGCGGCGAGUACCGCUUCUUCGCCGACCCGGCCUGCGCGCUGCCCGUCUUCUCCGCCGUGGCCACGGGCAGCUACGCGCCGCUCGCCGACUCGCUGUUCGAGUUCCGCGUGGAGCGCGUGUCGCUCGCCGUGCUGGACCCCGGAGCAGCGCGUGCCCUGCGCUGCGGGGGCGACCUGACCCCCGCCGGCGGCUGCCCCGCGCUGGGCCUUGUCGUGCCGAGCGUCGAGUACGAGACCGUGCGCAUCGACGUGGACCCGCAGGGCGCCUCGCUGCUGCUCGUGGGCCAGCCCGACACGGACGGCCGCCGCCGGGGGCCCGGGGACGGCGCCACGGCCUACCAGCUGCCCCUGGUGCAGUGCCGCCCCCAGCAGGACAACCAGCUGUACCCGGUGCCGCUGCGCAUGUCUGGCGGCGGACAGCUCGCGGGCGCCUCUCUGGCGUGGCUGCUGGCGCUCUGCUGGCUGCUGCUGUAGACCAGGAGCUCCCGAGGACCUCGUCACUGCUGGCUGCUGCUGUAGACCAGGAGCUCCCGAGGACCUCGUCUCUGCCGGCUGCUGCUGUAGACC